UGUCUAUACAUAUAUACAUACAUAAGCAGUGUUUUACUCUCUGUUAUGUUGAUAUAUAUGCACACGUCACCAUUAAGUGAUAGAAAUAGUGUAUAGAAAAGAAACAAACCAAAGAGUAUUAAAUCCAUUUCACAGAAUUGUAUACAGAUAUACAUUUGUCAUGUAAACUUCUAUAUGGCUAUUACAUCUACUUGGCAGUUUUUAAACAGCAUUUCCUUGAAACAUUAUAUUCAACAGUCAGAUAAAGUUUGAAGAAUGACUACUGAGGGACCUUCAGAUACCACAGGUGUUGAACAACACAAACCUGACUCACCAUUCAAUAGCAGAGAAUUCUGGUCACCAUGGUUUAAUAACAGCCAUAGAGAAAAUCCUGUGAGGUUAUCAGACGAACUUCAGCCUCAUGAUGAAUUGAAACGCUAUAGACAGGCAGUGCGCAGGAUGGGAGAGGACAUUCUGGCACUCAACAGCCAAGUGGCACAGCUGCAAGCAGCCAACAUACAACUGCAGAAUAUUGUUGCACGGCAUGAAAAUCUGACAGACUUUCAUAUUGAGUACAGUAACAUUGAUGGAAUCACCAAAGCUGAGAUGAUGGAAAAUUAUGCUGCAUUGAAGUUGAAGAUGAUUAGUCAGACAAAUGAGUUGAACAACUACAAACAGAAAAUAGUACAGUUGCAGAAUGAAAUAAUAAAGAAAAAUGACCAAGAAAAAUAUUAUCUUAGACUUUCUGAAGCUCAUAAAAAUCAGCAAAACCUCAUUCAACGAUUACAGGAGAAAAGCAAGAAAAUUUAUGGUUUGGAAGAUGUUUGUGUUAAACAAGAGAAAGUCAUAGAAUGUCUUCAGAAUAAGAUAGAAAACCAAAUUACAGCAUCAAAGCUUUGCAACGAAAAACUGCGGCAGAGCAGUUCAUUGAAGUUGAGAAAUAAACAGUUAGCUGAAGAAUGUGAUAAACUCCGGGAUGAACUGAAUCAAGAAUUGUUAUCAAAGUCAGCCGAUCAAGAGAAAUUUGAAUUGUAUGACAUCAUCAAAGAAAAUGAACUGAAGAUUGCAGCCCUUGAAGAACAGUUAAUUAGCAACAAUGAAGAAUGGAAAAAAGAAAAGGCUGAUCUCAUGGUUGAACUCAAUGAAGCAAAACAUGGCUUUGUACGCGGUGUGGAGAUGACUCUACCUUUGGUUAUGGAGUCUAUACACAAAGAUCAGCGAUCAACAAACAUUGUUGAACCCAGAGGUUGUUCCAGAACAGCAGCUCACAGACAGCAGCGAGUUGGCUCCAAUCGAUAAUAAAGAAAAGGACGGAGAUUAUGACCACACACAUACAUGCGAUCACGCACGCACACACACACACACACACACACACACACACACACACACACACAC